AUGCGGCGAGGUGGGCGUGGGGUGUGGCUUGCAAGACUUGCAGCGAAGAGGAGUUUCGGAUCGGCAUCGUCACCUAUGCUCACAAAUAAGUUGGUUGAAGUUACGGAUUCGCCAAUACAAGAUGUGAAAAUUCUUGCCAUGAAAAACCCCGUGGCGAACGUUUUUUCGAUGUCCCUCAUGAGUGAAAUAAUGGAUUCGAUUAGCGAGUUGUGCAACCCGGANAAAGGUAUCUGCAGGGGUAUUGUCAUCACGUCGGCGCUCCCCGGUGUUUUCAGCGCCGGACUGGAUCUGCAUAUGCUGCACACAGAAUUCUCACAGGAUUCCUUUAUAUCCUACUGGAGCCAGCUCCAAAGGCUUUAUAUCACCCUUAAUACGCUUCCUGUGCCGCUUGUGGCGGCCAUAAACGGAUAUGCCACUGGGGUUGGCUGUAUUAUGGCCCUGGCGUCGGAUUACCGAGUCAUGGCGGAAAAAGAUAGAGACAUUGGCUCAUUUUUUAAAAUUGGUAUUGACACGACCAAAUAUGGAUUUACACUUCCACCAUCCCUUGUUUCUGUCGCCGCCCAUGUGGUUGGACCGAGGAGGUGCGAGUCACUUCUUCAGCUUGGUGAACUUGUUGACGCUUCCACUGCAAGGGCCAUUGGACUUGUGGAUGAGACUGUGGAGAACGCAGACGAAGUUCUUAUUCCAGCAUUGGAAAUGGCUGAGAAGCUCUCUAAAGUGGCUUCAUGGUCGUACUGGAUGGUGAAGGACAAAUCACGAAAAAAUCUCGUUGCACCAUUAUGCACACAGGCACUUCGUUCUGCCGAGUGUUGGAAUGUCUACGAAAUGCUUAACAAUCCGGAAGUGAGACGAGAUUUGGGGAUGUACAUGCAGGGAACGAGUCUCUAA